AUGAAAAACAUGUAUAAAAUUAUGUAUUCAGGACAAAUAAAUAAUUUAUUCAAGAGGAUAAAUAAUCCAAUUAACAAUAAUUACUUUUUUAAUUUAAAAAAAUAUGUAUCUGUUUUAGCUAAUGAAUUAAGAAGCGGUAAUAUAUUUUUGCACAAUGAUAAAUAUUGUGAAGUAACUGAACAAAGGCAAAUUAAACAAGGAAGAUUAGCUACCACAAAUAUGAUUUCUUAUAUUGAUUUAAGCACUUUGAAAAGUGCCUCAACAAAAUUUGCCUGUCAGGCAAAAGUAGAAAAAAUAGAGCCAAUAAAAAUGAAUGUAAAAAUUCAGUAUACUGAUAAACAAAAAAACAUAGCUGUUUGCUUAGAUGAUAAUUAUGAAGAUAUAGAAAUUCCUCUAAAUAUUUUUGGAAUUUCAGAAGAAUAUUUAGAACCAGGUUUACAAGUAAGUGUUUUUAAACAUGAAGAGAAAAUUAUUAAAGUCAAUUUACCUUCUUCCUUAUUAGCAACCUUGAGAAAAAAAUAA